UAAAAAAUGACUUUAAAAAACCCCUAAUUUCCUAAUUAAUAUUAAUUCUCUCGUAUUUACCCUCUUUUCUUUUAAAAUUGUAUUUUUAUGUUCCUUCUCCUCCUCCUCCGCAGGCCGCUUUUCUUUUCCCGGCCAUCGGUUCAGCUAUAGUGGAACUGAACUUCAUCUCAUCACUCAUAUUUUUCUUUUAUCCUCUUUCCUCUUUUUUUCAGCUAAGUUCGUCUCUUUGAAACCAUUUGCUACGAGCAGCAUUUGAUCGAUACCCAUAGUUCUAUCCUGUUAAAGGAGUCAUCGCCAUGUCGAGAUAUAUGAAUGGGAAAAGUUCCUCUCAGGAAGGGAAAACCCCGAUAGUGCCGAAGCCUGAAAUGUUGGAUUUUGAUUUCCCUGAGGAUGCACUCUACUCCCAGCAUGUUGGGGACAAUGUUGCAAGUUCAUCAGGAAGCAAUGUCAGAUCAUUUUUCAUUGGGAUGGGAUUUUUACCAGCUCUCGUUGAUAAAGUCAUUCAAGAAAAGGGUGAAGACGAUGCUGACCUGUUACUGGAGACUCUUACUGAAUAUUCUGAUACUCAAAAGGCAUCUCAGUCAUCAGGUUAUCUCAAUAGCUUGUUUGUUGACAAGGAUGCAAGCGAUUAUCCACAAAUUGCCAAUUAUAUACAACCAAAAGAGGAGCCAGAUGUAGAUGUAUUUGAUGAAGAUCUUAUUGACAAAAGAGCAUCUUUACUAAUGAUGAAUUUUUCUGUAGAUGAAGUUGAAUUUGCAUUGGAAAAGCUUGGUGAAGAUGCUCCAAUAAAUGAAUUAGUGGACUUCAUUACCGCUGCUCAAAUAGCAGAAAAACUUGAGGAAUCAGAAGAUUCACUUAGCUGUGAGGAAGAAAACGAUCAGAAUGCUACUAAUGAAACACUGUUUGGGACUAUGGAGAAGACACUUUCCUUGCUUGAGAUGGGUUUCUCAGAGAACGAGGUUUCAAUAGCAAUCGAGAAGUUCGGUUCCGAUGUUCCAAUCACAGAGCUUGCAGAUGCAAUGUUCACUGGUCAUCUUUCUCGUAGCUAUAUUGAAAGUAAAAAGUUAAAAUCAGCAGCUUCAGGCAGUGGGUUGAUACAUAAUGUGAAUGAGAGAGAAGAUAUUAAAACAGAGGAUUGCAGUACAACUCCUGUUCCUCAGUCAGGAAAUAUCAACCUCGGGGAAUCUUCUUCCAAAGGGAAACGACCAAAAGAAGAGAGUCUUGAUGGCAUCCCUAUUUCUAAUCCUCAGAUGAAGCAAUCUCUUAAUGAGAAAAAACGCGAAGGGAAAAGGCCAAAGCAAGACCAUGUAGGUAAUGCAAGUUCUUUCAUUGAUCCACCAUGGCUUGAAGAGAAAAUAGACCCUAAUGUUAUUCCUAGUUUUGAAGUACCCAGACCUGUCAAAUCCAAUUCAUGCAAGAGUGUGAACAAGGUGGUAGCAAAACCACCAUAUUUUUUGUAUGGAAAUGUUGUCAACUUGCCUUACGACGGUUGGGUCAAGAUUUCACAGUUCUUAUACGGGAUCGAGCCUGAAUUUGUGAACACUCAGUCUUUCUCGGCUUUUAAUAGAAAUGAAGGCUAUGUGCACAAUCUUCCCGCUGAAAAUAGGUUUCACAUCCUUCCGAAGUCACCAUUGACCAUACAGGAUGCAAUGCCAAAUACAAAGAAGUGGUGGCCAUCUUGGGAUCCAAGGAAACAAUUGAAUUGCAUGGGGUCUGAAGUUCUAGGAGCAUCAAAGCUGUGUGCUAGGCUUGGGAACAUGUUAGCUGAUUCUCGAGGAUUACUCUCAUCAGAUCAACAAAAAUAUAUUCUUCGUCAAUGCCAAAUAUCAAAUCUCAUAUGGGUUGGUCUAUACAAGCUUUGCCUUGCGCAGCCUGAACAUUGGGAGCGCAUACUAGGCUACCCAUCGGACCACACUCAACCUUUGGAGAAUGACUUGACUCACAGGCUACACUUACUCCAGCAAUCUUUCCAAACCGACACUUUGGGUUAUCAUCUCUCAGUAUUGAAGCCAAUUUAUCCUGGAGGGUUAACAAUGUUAUCUGUUUUCAGUGGCAUUGGUGGGGCUGCAAUUGCUCUACAUCGGCUCGGCAUUCACUUAAAAGGUGUUGUGGCUGUAGAGACUUCGGAAGCUAAGCAAAAGAUCCUUCGGAAUUGGUGGCAAAACACGGGACAAACUGGUGAGUUGGUGAUCAUAGAAGACAUCCAGAAGCUAACAAGUAGAAGACUGGAGAGCUUGAUAGAUAAGUUAGGUAGUAUUGACUUCGUAAUUUGUCAAAACUCAAACAUGAAGAGUACAGAAGAGGAUACACUGCCAGGUUUUGACUUCUCUUUGUUUAAUGAAUUUGUUCGUGUGCUGCAACGUGUAAGAAGUAUGAUGCAGAGGAGGAGCAGCAGCUAACUCUUCAUGUCUGAUCCCCUGUACUUGCUUUUUUGUUCAAUGGUUCCGUGUACUUGUUAUCAUCUUAAUAUGUUAGUAACCGUAAGGGAACAUAA